CGCUCAGUAAAGCUUUCAACAUAUAGAAUCCUCUUCAUGGGCACACCUCAUCAAGGUGGGAAUGGUGUCCAACUUGGACAUAUGCUUGCAAAUGUAGCUUCUGUCUUCAUUGCUGCAGAUGACCGUAUAAUCAAGCAUCUGGAAAGAGACUCAGAGUGGCUGCAGCAGCAGCUAGGGCACGGAGACUUCAUAACGAAGUUUGCCUAUGAGGAGUACAAGACUCCGACCGUCCUUGGACAUAGUAUCAUCCAACCGGUGGUGCCAAAAGCAUCGGCAGUUGUCCCUGGACAGGCAGACGCAGAGCCCAUCGUCACCGAUGCAGACCAUAUCUCCAUGGUUAAAUUUCGUUCUAAGGAGAAUGCCAGCUACACAACAGUU